UCCAUUAUCUUCGUUCUCUUCAUUUCGACAGAACAUUCACACUACCUCGUUUCUCAUUGUUAUUCCACACGUCAAGAAACCUUAAACAUGGUAAAUCUUCCUAUUAAAAGAUCAAGAGAAGAAGAGUUUGAUAGCCUAACAUCCAUGGCUAAUUGCUUAAUGUUACUUUCCGGCGGCGGCCGAGGAGAUAAAAAUAAUAUUGCGGAGCAAACGAGCCAAACCGCUGGCGGCGGCGGCGGCCGGGUUUUCGAGUGCAAGACUUGCAGCCGGCAGUUCCCGUCGUUCCAAGCGCUGGGCGGCCACCGCGCCAGCCACAAACGGCCGAGAACGGCGGCGAUGGUGGAGCUGCCGCCCAGCUCGCCGCCGAAGCCCAAGACCCACGAGUGCUCCAUAUGCGGGCAAGAGUUUGGGAUCGGGCAAGCUCUGGGAGGGCACAUGAGGAGGCAUAGAGCCGUCGUCAUGAACAGCGAGAUGUCGUCGUCACCGCCGCCGGAUCGCGUUGCGGCCGUUGUCAAGAUUCCGGCGGGCGGCCGGAGGGUUUUGUGCUUGGAUUUGAACUUGACGCCGUUGGAAAAUGAUUUGGAGUUUUUCAAGCUUGGGAAGAUGGGCAUACAAGGCUCGUGAUGAUGUGGUGAUGAUAAUGAUAUAAUACCAUAUAGGGAGUAGUAUUCUUUUUCUCCCUUUUGUGGAUUCUUUUGAAAACUAGCUUGAUGGAUCUUGUAAUUACUUAGAUUAGAAAUAUAUAUAUAUGAAUUUGUUCAUAUUUCUA